AUGGACAAACAGGUCCGUUACUCAGAGUUUCCCAAACUCGGAAGCAACAAGGACGUGCUUGAGCAGGCAGCCAGCAGGCCCGUCUCCCUGGAGAAGUUCAAAGGCAAAGUCACGCUGGUGGCCAACGUGGCCAGCGACUGCCGGCUCACCGACAGCAACUACCUGGCGCUGCAGGCGCUGCACCGCGAGUUCGGGCCCUUCCACUUCAGCGUGCUGGCCUUCCCCUGCAACCAGUUCGGGGAGGCCGAGCCCCGCCCCAGCAGGGAGGUCGUGUCCUUCGCCAGGAGCACCUACGGGGUCACCUUCCCCAUCUUCCACAAGAUUAAGGUCCUGGGGCCCGAAGCCGAGCCCGCCUUCCGCUUCCUUGUCGAUUCUUCCAACAAGGAGCCGAGGUGGAACUUCUGGAAGUACCUGGUCAGCCCCGAGGGCCGCGUGGUCAGGUCCUGGAGGCCCGAGGAGCCCGUGGACGCCAUCCGGCCUGAGGUGGCCGAUCUGAUCCGGCAGAUGAUCAUUCGAAAGAGGGAGGACCUCUGAGAAGGCAGGAGUCGCCGCCACGCACAGUCCGAACCCAGUGCUGUC